AUGGCUACGGCGGCGGCGGCGGCGGCGGCGGCGAAGUGCAGGUGCUCCCGCCGGCGGCGGCUGCCCGAGCGGGAGUGGACGGCGGAGGAGGACGAGCGGCUGCGGCGGCUCGCCAAGGAGAACCUCUUCCGGCAAUGGUGGAAGGUCGCCAGGGAAAUGCCUGGGCGCUCCGGUGACUCGUGCCGCGCCAGGUGGCGCCACCACCUCGCCCGCGACGUCUACCACCGCCCCUUCACCGCCCGCGACGACGAGGAGCUCGUGCGCCUCCACCGCCACACCGGCGGCAGCUGGAGGAAGAUCAGCCGCUCGGUCUACGGCCGCACCUCGGCCAUCAUGAGGGACCGCUGGAUCCAGCUCCGCCGCAGCGGCUUGGUCCCCGACGCCGCCAAGACGGCGGAAAACGCCGGUUGCCCGCCGCCGGCCGCCGAUGACUCGGAGUACAUGGGGAGCGAGGCAGAGUUGAAGUCGCCGCCGCCGCCGCCGCAGCAGCAGCACCCUCUCGCCGACGUUCUUGCCUCGAGCUUGGAUUCUUGCACCCUAGCAUCCGACGCGACGGAUCCCCGGGACGGCAUCCUCGCGCUAGAUUUCGCGUUCAUGUCGGUCUGA